CGGCUAGUUAGGCGGGCGGGAUAGUGGGCGGAGCACACACCUGCGUUAGAGCGACCUUCCCAGUCAGUCUGCGUCGCGCGCUUGCCCGACAUCGUUGUUGGGUAAAUAUCGCGCGCAAGAACACUAUCGCGUUAUUAUGCCUCUGUUUUCGGACCAUAUUAGCAACAUGUAUUACAGUGGAACACCGUCGUAUACUAGUUCGACAUAUAACUACAGUAGUUCAGUGUCACCAUAUGGAUCGUCUUAUAGUGCAUCUUACUUAAAUCCAGGGGGUAAUUAUAGUUCUCAUUCAUCUUUGGGAGGGUACUCUCGAACCCCUUUGACAUCGCGAUGGUUAACAAGUGGAGGUAGGGUCUAUUCGCCAAUAUUAAGUACAAUUUCUGAAAAAGGAACUUCAAGUCCAGUGAGAAUAAACAGUCCCAGAAGGAUACCUAUUACUAGUCGAACCUAUAUACCAUCAACAUAUACACCUCGACCUAUUAAUAUAAAUACAGCUGAUAUUGAUGUUUCAAGAGAUAAAUAUCGAAGUAAAUUAUCAGAUUCGAAUUCCACUCCACUUACCGGAUUACCACCUAGGCGUAGUAGCCCAAUCGUAGAAAGAGAUAAUGGGCAUGAUAAACCUGAUACUGGCAUUGACUCUUCACCUGGAUCCCAUCGUAGUACCAUUAAAAGAGAUCGAACGGUAGUUAGACUUCAUACUAUAAAACGAAAAGAAAGAGAUUCGCCACGUAAGUCCUAUGAAGAUUCAAGGUGUAUAAACGAUGAUUGUGAAAAGCAAUCAGAACAAGUAAAAUGGAGAGAAAAGUUAGCUAGUGACUUAGCAUAUAAAUCACCGAAGGAAAAGAAAUCUUUGGGAGCUAAAUUAGUAGAAAAGUUUACGCUUAAAGAUAAAGAUGACAGUGAAUUCAUCAACAUAACAAAAAGAACUCCUCCAAGACAAAUAGAUAAAGAAAUAUUAUCUGAAUCUCAAAUACCGAACGAAACAAUAGCUUCAAAUAAAUCUUUAGGUAGACGUUGUUCUAUGGAACUUUUAGCCGAACAAGCUUCCUUACUAGAUUCCCUAAUAAGGAGAGAGAAUUUAAGUACUGUGCCUUUAGAUUUAAGUAAAAUUGGCUCUGAAAGUUUGCUUAACUUUAAAGAUACUGAACUAGAAAGUAACAAAAAAAGAAAAUUAUCAGAUCAAGAAAAUCCCUUAACAACUACAAAAUCAGACCAUUCUCUACAUGCUCGUCUUUCAACUGUAGGUUUGAAAGACCCAAAACAUGGAAAAAGACGAAGCUUAAGAAAGUCUUCAUCGGGUGGCAGUAUCUGCAAAUUAGAUCGUAUAACAGAACUACCUCAAAAUACAACCAGUAUGGAUACAUCCAUAUCUUCUAUACCAGAAACAAAAGAAACAAAUAAAAUUUGUAAAAAGGAAACAAAUAAACAUUCAAAACUUAAAAUUAAAACAAAAAUAACAUCUACAGUAGAAGUAACAACACCACCGAGCCCAUUAAAAUUUAUUGUAGAACAAGUAACCGUCGAAGAAAAACCUGUACCAUAUAAAAAGGGUAUAAUUUUCAGUAGCACAGUAGAUGAGGAACCAACGGCCAACAAAGUAGUUAAUUUAGAAGUACAUAGAAAAAGCAUAAAAUUAAAGACAAAACAAAAACCAGAGGUAAACCAAAACAAUAGUAAAGAAAUAAUUUCAAAGACUGAAAAAAUUGGUCAUAGGAAAAGCUUUAAGUCAAAAAAAAUUGUUGAAAAUUAUGACAUUAAUUCUCCAGAGCCUGACGAUGGGAACUUUUGGGAUAAAAUCGGUAAAAGGGAAACAAUAUACUUAAUUAGUAGAAAACAAAACAUUGACGAAGCCAAAGAAAAAUCAAAACGUUUAUAUUGGUUUCCGGAAAAUGAAGAAUCUGAUAUAGAUGGUAUAAAUUAUAAAGAAUCCAUUAACUUGGAAAAAAAUACUAUUGAAAAUAAUGAAGAUGUAAAAGAGACAAUUAUAAGCACCAACGAAGUUUUGAAUUUAGUGCCAAUAUUGGAAGAAAAACAAGUUAAAACUUCUAUCGAUAAUAAACAAAGUAAUGAAACAAAUACUGAUAAAGAAAUAAAAGCAAAAAAGUCUUUAUGUAGUGAGGAUAAAAAUUGUAAAGUUAAUGAUAAUUAUAACAACAAAGUUUCAAACUUAACCGAUUCAAAUUAUAAGACUCUUUCUUUAGAAAAAAAUACGGAAAUUUUACCAAUUUCAGAAAUAAAAGACUCUUCACCGGAAUGUUUAAUUUAUUUACCGAAAGAUAAAUUAAAUAAAAAAAGUAAAGAAGAAAUUAAAUUAUUAACGAAAAUUGAUAAAAAUAAAAUGGAAGAGAGAAAUACAGACAUACAAAGUAAAAAUGUGGCUUUAACAACAGAUACAAUUGCUAAUGCAAGUAAAAAUUUAAUCGAGACUACUUCUUUAUAUGAACAUAACGUCUCAAAUGAUAUUGUUAAUCCAAUAAAUACAGAGGUAGAUCAAAUGAGUCUAUUAAACAAAAAUUUAGUAAAAAUAUGCACAGAAUCAAACGUAACUGAACAUGAAAAGCUUAUAACAGUUGAUUGUGAGAUAAAAGAAAAUAAACCAGGAGAAACUAAAUGCGAAGAAAUAAUAACAAAAGUUGACUCUGGAACUAAAGACGUAAAUGAAAUUAUUUCGGAAGAGACGCGUAUAAGUGAAAAAUUAGCUAAAAGUAUUGAAAACGAUGGAUUAAAUUCCUUAGCAGUAAAGUCAUCAUCUUUAAGCAAUGAUAAUAGUGCUGAUAGUGUAAACAUUCCAACGGAUAAUUGCAAAUAUAAAUCUUCAAUUUCGAAAUCGAUUGAAAAAAAUACAAACGAUGAAACAAAAAAAAUGGAUACAAAACCAGAUAGAGAAGAACUUCCUUCUUCGAGUUCCGCUUUGUCUGUUGCGAGACCUGUAAAAAAAGAAAAAGCACCGAUAGUUCUUAUAGCUACGCCUAGACCGCUGCAAAAAAAGAAACCUCACGUUAUUAAUUCAUCCUCAUCUUCUGAAUCGUCUGAUGAUGAAACAUCUGAUGAUGAGAAUGAUGAUGAUGAAUCUGAAUCCAGUGAAGCGUCUGCUGAAUUUUUCGAAUGCGAAAACAAUCCUGAUGGAAGAACUUCAACUGGAUCUAAUGAUUCCGGCUUUGAUUCAUCGGUUCCUACAUCUCCUUCAGGAUUUCUAUGUACAAAAAAAGACUGCGAUGUUAAUUGUCAUCGAAAGUGUGAAAAAUUGACGGCGAAUUUAUGUGGAGUUAACCAGCGGCUUUUAGUUGAAGCAUUGGCAUCACGUACUUCAUCAAAAAGAGGUGGAGACAACCCCAGCACCUCGACUGGAUCUACAGCUUCUCAAACAUAUACCCACGAUGUCUUAGAACAAGAGUUGGAACAUUCGAAGGCAUACGAACUCUUCAGAAAAACUGGACGAUUUACACCUCCCGCAAGAUUCAUUCCACGAUUCAGAAAAUAUACGAUUGAGGAUUUUCAGUUUAUAAAAGUCUUAGGCAAAGGAAGCUUUGGCAAGGUUAUGCUAGCGGAGUUGAGAGACACGGAGUACUAUUACGCUGUUAAAUGUUUAAAGAAAGAUGUCGUUUUAGAGGAUGAUGACGUAGAAUGCACGCUGAUCGAAAGAAAAGUCCUCGCACUUGGUACAAACCAUCCUUACCUCUGCCAUUUGUUCGCGACUUUCCAAACAGACUCUCAUCUGUUCUUCGUAAUGGAGUACUUGAACGGCGGUGACCUAAUGUUUCACAUUCAACAAAGCGGCCGCUUUCCGGAAGCGCGAGCGCGGUUUUAUGCGGCCGAAAUCGUGUCGGGACUUAAAUUUCUUCAUAAAAGAGGAAUUGUUUACAGAGAUUUGAAAUUGGAUAACAUUUUGCUGGACUUCGACGGUCACGUGCGGAUAGCAGACUUCGGCAUGUGCAAGUUACAGAUAUAUCUGGACAAGACAGCGGACACGUUUUGCGGCACACCGGACUACAUGGCACCUGAAAUUAUUAAAGGUCUAAAAUACAGUCAAACUGUUGAUUGGUGGUCAUUUGGCGUAUUAUUAUAUGAAAUGUUGAUCGGCCAGAGUCCAUUCAGUGGUUGUGAUGAAGACGAGCUCUUCUGGUCAAUAUGUAACGAAAUGCCCUCGUACCCGCGAUUCCUGUCGUCAGAGGCUCUUAGUAUAUUAACAAGGCUUUUGGACAAAGACGCACGCACGCGGUUGGGGGGCGCGGAGUGUAUGCACGGCGACAUCAGGGACCAGGACUUCUUCCAUCCCGUACAAUGGGAUCGGCUCGAGAGACGCGAACUAGACGCGCCCUUCAAACCACGAGUGAGACAUCCAAUGGAUACCCAAUACUUCGAUCGGGCUUUCACGGGCGAGCGGCCGCGGCUCACUGCUGUCGAGCCUCAGGUCCUCAAAUCGAUGGACCAGGAACCGUUCAGAGGAUUCUCGUACACAAAUCCCAACGCUACAGACCGCUAAAAUACACCUUCCAGUUAAGCAAUAAGGUUUAAAUUACAAUUACACUAUGCCAUGUGAUUAUGGGGAAAGUGAAUUAAGCAAUUUAAAGGACAAUCAUCACAAGACAAUGGUUAAAGUAAAUUGCAGUUACUUGCCAACCAUCCUUUGGUAAUUUUUUUAUCAAAUCGAGUGAGAUUAAAAAAAAAAAAAUUUUUUAAGCAUUGAAAAGUUUUAUUUAUAACAAAAUGAUUAUGUAAUAUAAAAAUUGUACAUAUCAAUUAGGCGGAGUAGUAUCGUGUCUGGUACACAAAUUGUAUUCGAUGAAUGUAUCACGAUGUUGUAUUCAUAUUUUAUAUAUAAUAGUUUACACCGAAGUGGUUUUUAUAAUUUAAGUAGAUUUUCAUCAUAUUAUAACGAAUGUAACAAUAUUUAGAUAAUAAAUGAUAUAAAGUUA